AUGGCGAUGCCCAGCGUGAUCGCGACCGUCCUCGUGCUGCUCGCCCAGCUGGCGCGCGGCGACGCCGAUGCCGCGCAGUCUCGGGUCACUCCGCUGGCGAAGGUGCUGCAGAUGCUCGACGAGAUGAGCGCCAAGGGGGCCAAGGCCAAGCACGAGGAGGAGGUUGAGUUCGCCUCCUUCCACCAGUGGUGCGACUCGCUGCGCGACGAGAAGGAGAAGAGCAUCAAGGAGGCUGGCGAGCAGAUCGAGCAGCUGAGUGCCGACAUCGCCAAGGCCGAGGCCGACGCGGAGGCCCUGGCGGGCGAGAUCAAGGAGCUCGAGGCGGCCAUCGCGAAGGCGGAGUCCGAGCUGGCCGAGGCCAAGGCAAUGCGGGCGAAGCAGAAGGCCGACUACGACGCGCAGCACGAGGACUUCUCCGAGUCCAUUGACGCGCUGGAGCGCGCCGUCCAGGUGCUCAAGUCUCGCGAGGCAGACGUGCCGCAGUCGCUGGCGCAGCUCCGCUCUGCCCCGUGGCUCCCGGCGAGGGCGAAGAGCGUGCUCGCGUCCUUCCUGGAGAUGGGCGCUGGCGCCGGGUACGAUGCCCCGCCGGAGGCCAACGCUUACGAGUUCCAGUCGGGCGGGGUGGUGGCGAUGCUGGAGAAGCUGCGCCACAAGUUCCAGGACCAGCUCCUCGACCUGCAGAAGGCCGAGAUGAACGCCAAGUCAAAUUUCGAGCUGCUGGCGCAGGGGCUCGAGGACAACAUCGAGUACGACACUGGGAGCUCCAAGGCCAAGACCGCCCGCAGGGCCGGAAGGCUCGAGGACGCCGCCAAGGCCAAAGGCGACUUGGAGGUGACGACGAAGACCAAGGCCGACGACGAGAAGAUCCUCCUCGACACCAACACCGAGUGCGACGCGAAGUCGAAGGAGUUCGAGGAGAACCAGGUCCUGCGCAAGGAGGAGCUCGAGGCGAUCGCAAAGGCGCACGAGAUCCUGGCAAGCCCAGAGGUCAGUGGCAACGCGGCGAAGUACCUGCCCAAGCUGGUCCAGAAGGCCGUCGCGCUGGCGCAGCUGGGCAGCAAGGCCAACUCGGACGGCGACAGCCGCAAGAGGGCCGCCGCGUACCUGCAGCAGAAGGCCAAGAAGUUGGGCAGUCAGUACCUGUCCAUGAUGGCCCUCCGGGUGACAGAGGAUCCGUUUGGCAAGGUCAAGAAGAUCCAGAUCUGA